ACCAAUUUGUACUCUAGAAGACUCUGACCAUGAAAAAACAGAUCUUUCUUAUACUUUUAAUUGUAAGUACCGUACUUACCAAACGGAUUAAAGAGCCUCUCAAGCAAAGACUUUAUGGACGUAAUCGAAUCGAAAGUCGAAUAGUUGGAGGAAGUGCAGCUGCAGAUGGAGAAUUUCCUUACCAGAUUUCAUUGCAAGACCAAAGAAAUAAUCACAUGUGCGGAGGAGCUAUAUUGAACAGCUUAUGGAUUGCCACAGCUGCUCAUUGUGUUGACGGUUAUGAAACAGGCAAUGGAGCUUCCAAGUUGAAGGUCAUAAGUGGAACAAACCAAUACAGUAACCCUGGAAACUCCACAUCUAUCAAACAAAUAUUUAUCCAUUGCAACUACAACAAUCCAGAGUUUGCGAAUGACAUUGCUCUUUUACUGCUGAAUUCACCAUUAGAAUUCAACGAUAAGACUGCAUCGAUUGCACUUCCCGAUGAGCCCUUACAACCAGGAGAUCAGCUUAUUUUGUCAGGAUGGGGAACAACCGAGCUUUAUGGUGAUCCACCUGAGGACUUGCAAAAACUUACUGUGAAUUAUGUGCCUCACGAAGAGUGUAAGGAGGCUAUGAGCGGAGAUGAAGGUGUUGGUGUUUGUCACAUAUGCACUAUGACUACUGAAGGAGAAGGAGCUUGUCAUGGUGAUUCAGGUGGACCCUUGGUUCACAAUGGAAAGCUGUACGGUUUGGUGAAUUGGGGAGUGCCUUGCGCUAAUGGUUUUCCAGAUAUGCAAGCCAGUGUGUAUUAUUAUAUGGACUGGGUAAGGACAACAAUUUCUGGAGGCUGUUAAAAUUAAUUUUUUUUUGUAUACCUUAGUGAUUAUAUUUUUGUUUCAAAAUAAAAAAAGAAAAU